UGUAUGAUUCGUAGGGGUCGGGUCUAUACUGACUCUAGGUAUACUAAUGUGGGUGUAUAGCUGGUAGUGCUGAGUUCAGGGAUCAGGAUUUAGUGGAUGACAGACGAAAGAAGAGAAACAUGUCUAUGUUUCAUAUUCAGUUUCCAAAGAGACACGGGUUUUUAACGUGGGAUGAGCUUGGAUGCUUGGCAAGAGCUCUUGGGUUUCAAAUCGAUCUGUUCAAAUCGAACGUGACCGGUGAGAUAUCGGCGGAAAGUGAUGGAAUGCUGAUACAGGAGAUCCUGAGGAUGAUGGAAUACAAGCUGUUGUAUCGUCCUCUGCACCAGACGGUGAACAUGCACACGGCAGAGUGGAACAUGACUGUCAUCAGAAAAUGUCUCUACCUCCUCAACCACCACGCUCUCACAUUUGAGGAACUUCAUGACAUACGUAUGGCGUAUCAGGUCUACGAAGCAGCCGAUAUGAAAGGAAUGGUUGAGGAUCAGCAUAUUCUCCUGAGAACUCUCAAAAUGUGUUCGCGGACAAUUGCUCCAAUGAAGCUAAUGCAUCGUAUCAAACACAUGAAAGCAAACUUUGAGGAGAAAGGUCGCAUACAACUCUCCGAGUUCCUGGAUCUUGUUCUCUGGUGUGAUGUUUACAAGACAUUUAAUCCCAAAGAGAUGGAAUAUUCAGAAGGAAAAGAAGACCAGUUGUUUAAGCUCGUUGACUUUCAGCGCCUCUUGACUCACUAUGAUGACAGGGUAAUGAGCUCGCUUAAUGCAAACUACUUAGAAGAGGAAUGCGGGUUUGAACGCGAGACGUUUGGCACUAAACAACUGCCCAAGGAGCCCCCAGUACGCAAUCAAGGACGAAUCAUGCAGGCGAGACUUGACAAAAGACGAUACCGCCAUCUGAAACACGAGGUGACAGCGUCACAGAAGCGAGUGUACCGUGCCCACGCGGGAUCCAUCCGAUCGCGGCCAGUCUCCGUAGCACGACUCAACAGUUUCAGGGUCAAAGUGGAGCGGUCGAGUACAUCGUGCACAACAGCAGAGCAGGCGUACAACAGCUUCAGAAAGAAAAUAAGAUCCAUGCCAUCCAGAGGCUCCUCGGUCUACCAGUCGGAUACGUUCAGCGAUCGGCCACAGGUGGAGGAGUACGUCCGUGUUUUGACCCCACGCGCCGUCAGCUGUCAGGAGAAGACAGAGAUAGAGAAGAAAAUGGAGAGUCUCAAAUUUGCCAUGAUGACAAUGGAAAGUCGUUAUUUGAUAAAGAAAGAAGAGGAAAUGGAUGAAUAUAUUCCUGGAUAUAAAGAAAUGAUUGCAAGCCGACCGUUACCUCCACCAACCCCCGAGCCGAAAACCGAACAGAAGAAAGAGAUCCGCUGGACCCAGGAUGCUGCUUUCUCGACUCGGCCAUUCAGAAGUCCUCCUGCUCAUGACAGGAAGUGUGAUGCCAGAUUUCGCGGCUGGGAACCAGUCAAAAAACAAAGAGGAGCUCAUUUUAUCCUUGUCUCACCGUUCUACGAAUCGUCAGAGAGAGGCAUUUUCUUUCAACGUCUGUACGAGAAAUCAAGGUCACAGGUUCAACAUGUAAAAGAUUUCGACUUCCUGUAUCGGUACACAAACAAGAGUCAGGUAGAAAAGAGUAAAGGAUACCCAUCUAGAAUCCGUCCAAUCACUGCCCCUGCAGCUCUGCACAUUUCAUCAGAAUAUUCUAAUGUUAUGGAAUUCACUCGUGGUCCAUUCACUCCAAUAACACACACUGUUUCUGGUAGUGCUGGAGGAGCAUCCGGUCUGAGUAAAAUCUCAUCUCUGAAACAAGAGUCAAAAAAUGCCAAUGCCAAUUCUGCUGUGAUGGAUAUGAGCAGCAAAGUAGACACCAUUCUUGAGAAACAGACCCUUGAUCAAACAAGACCAAUAAAAAGUCCAAGUCCUGAGAAUUUUGUUACCAGAAUAGUCAAAUCUCCUAGAAUAAGAACUGCUGCAUCAUCUUCAACCAGAUCAUCACCGAAAUCAGCUCAAUCCAAGAAAGCUAGAAGCAUUGUAUCAGCAGCUGGUGAGAGACGGGCAUCACAGAAAUCAGAACAUUUUAGUCCUGAUUGUCCACAACAACAGAAGGAACUGGACAGUAAGUCCAAUUCUGGAUAUUCAGCGUUUGAAGAAAAUCUUGAGCCAUACGAUUCUGGCUUUGAGGACAGACGAUCUUCUGGGGCUGUGAGAACAUCUGUGGAUGAGCAGACUGACAAUGAUGAGGAAGCCAUUCCAGUUCCUUCAAUGCAGCACAGCAAGCUGGAGAUUGUUGAGAUCGGUCAGAUAGGGAAAAUUUCUCUCCUGGAAAAAAUUGCAGAAUCUAAGGACCUGGAGGCAAGAUUUAGCCAGCCAGCAUCACCGGUCAGGAGUCAAACAAGCUCCACAUUACAAGCUGGACCACACGACACUGAACAGGAGAGUGGAAUCCAUCAACAAGCGUCUCGAUCACAAAGACCAUUGGGCUCUGUUCUACCCCUAGUCAAAAAGGAUGAUGGUUCUUCUGUACCAAUGAUGGCAGUGAGAGAAACGAAAAAGCCAGUAAUGAAAAUGCAAGCUGUCCCUCCAGAUGCAGCAACAGACAAAGCUCAAAAUGGGUCAGAUGAAAAGAAAUCUACAGCUGUUUUAAGCAAGACACCAAAGUCUGAGUACCAAACUGCAACCAAGGUGAUGGAAACAGAAAACAAACACAGUUCUUCCUAUAAUCAAUGUAAAACAUCUCCUCCACUUUUAAAUACUUCCUCCCCCAGGGUCACCUCAAAAAUGUUAUCCAACAUGAAUAUUCCCAGUCCAAAACACUCUUCAGAAUCACCCAGGGUCAAAUCAAAGGUUUUGAGUGAUGUCAAUAAAGACUCUCCUCUUGGUGAUACAAGUCAAAACGGACUGAAUUCUGCAUCUCAAAAACAGGUAUACAUCAGAGAUCCCAAAAGUUAUGGGAGUGGCUUUAAGUCUGACAUGAAUACAAAUUCCAAGGGAAGUGAUUCAGAUCAAGACUUUACAGUAGACUUUGCAGGGAAUUUGGCAGUUGCACCAAGAGGAUCUUAUGAAGCUGACCAGCUACAACCAGAUACUAAAUACUGGAGGCUCGUAGAAAGAGUGAACAAACUCAUAUCAAAUGAUUUGAAAGUACGCUUGCUGACUGUCAGCAAAUAACUGUAUUUUGAUAUGAACUAUUGUGAACAGUCUUCCAUUGUUAUGUUUCUCAGGUUAACAGAACUGUUUAUAUCAAUAAAUACUCCAUUCCAAAACACUUUUCUGAAGGAGUGGAGUCACUGAAUUCUCCAUGAGUCAGGUUUAAAAGAGCUGUCGAGUGAUGGAGAAUAUUUGUUGCUUGCACUAUUGUUUUUCUCAUGUUCAUAUAUCAGUAUCUCCUAUUAAAGCUCAUAAAUCUG